AUGACUGGGCUGGCUGCCCUGAUAGCAGAUGGUCCAGUAUGGGCUCCUGUCUAUAUCUGGGCAAAACUCUGCCCACCAUGUUGCCUCUGUUGGUUGAUAACCUUGAAGGACAAUUGCCCCAUCUCCCCUCCCUCUUUCACCCCCACAUUGAACAUAGCGCAUGAUGUUGUGCCUUUGGAUGUAACCAGCGUUUACUAUUCAUCUGUGACCACUGAUUUAGGUCCAAAGAAGGCUCCUGGUUAUGUUGCUUUCAUUCCCAAAACUUUUUCCCUUGCUAUGGGCGUUUCUCUUAGAACUUUGCAGGGACCAAUAUUUCUUACUUUGCUUUAUGAUGCUUUCCAGAAGUGGUCCAUGGAAUGCUGA